AUGGUUUCGCUGUUGUCGAACGAUGAAUUCACCUGUUUCUAUCUAGGUGUCAUUGGGGAUUAUCUUCGCAUCCAGACCAUCCAGGAAGACCACCCGAUUGCGGCAGUCCUUCACGCAAACAACCGAAACAAAGGAGGGAACAAGCAUCCGGAUGCGACAUCACAGGUGCGUGUCCUGAACGCCCCAGGGAGCGUGGCAAAUAGGGCAGAAGGAGCCCUCUCUCAAAGGCAGAGACUCACGUUCAACACAACACCCAAUCCGCAUAAGUUCAAUUGCCGAGGCCAUAGUUAUGAUACUUUCAUUCAAAUUUAG